AUGAGAGGACAGAACAGUGGACUUCAAGCUCUAAUUAAAGAAAAAUGUCCAUCAGCCACUUAUAUUUGGUGCACUGCUCAUAGACUAAAUUUAGUAGUAGUUAAAGCAGUAAAUAGUAGUUUGGACGCUGUAGAUUUAUUCGGAAAUAUGGAGACAUUGUAUAAUUUUAUUUGUGGUAGUAAGAAACGAGUUGCUUACUAUGAAAAAGUACAAAAUGAAUAUUCGACAGGACAAAGAGGACGUCGAUUGAAAAGAGUUUCCACAACUAGAUGGACUUCUCAAGAUCAAGCUCUUCAAGCUAUUUUAGAAACGUUUGGCUCUGUGAUUGAUACACUGGAAUAUUCAAGAAAUACUGAAGGCCGCGAGGAUCAAUGUGUUGGUCUUAUGGCUGGAUGCCUAUUAAAUUAUCUUUUGUCUAAACGAUUUAUAAUGACUGCAAUGUGGUUCCAAAAGAUAUUCAAUGUAUUGUCACCUCUAAGUACCUUAUUACAAACUAGAGAUUUAGAUAUUUUAGCAGGAGUUAAUUCUAUAAAUGAUGCUAAAAAUUUAAUACAAGAACUCAGAAAAAAUGAUUCUAUUAUGGAAUACUUAAUCAAGGAAGUCAAUAUUUUCAUAAAAGAAAAUGAUGGUUUUGAAUUUUUUGAAUUUAAAACCACCCGCAUAAGAAGAAAGAAAAAAAUGUCGAAUGAAGAAAAUGUUGAUGAAUGUAUCAAAGACCCCAUUGAGAAAUUUAAAGUAGAAACUGUCUUAGGUUCCUUAGAUAUAAUACUUAGUAAUCUUAAUCAGUAUUUUAAUGAUACCACAAUUGGAGUUAUGAAAGAUUUGGCACUUUUCAGUAAGAAGCGAAUUAUUGAAAUUAAAAAAAACCAUAAGUCUUUACCCGAUGAUUCAUUUGCAGUGUUUUGCAAAGUUUACGGAACGUUUGUUGAUCAAGAAACAUUAAAAGCAGAGUUCCUUAAAUUUUGUAAUGUGUAUGAAUUGUUUGAGAAAACAACUAUUCUACCUGAACAUUUUCACGUUUCUGACAAAAGUGAUACAGAAAGCAUUAGUUCAUUUGAAGAGGAGACUGAUCAAGAACAGGAAUUUGAGUUACCUAAGCGCAAGCAAAUAAAUCCAAUAAAUAUCGGUAGCUUGAAAACUAUUUUCAAAGUGUUCCAAAAUGGUGGUUUGGGAAAUACAUUUCCAUCACUAGAUGCUGCCCUGAGGAUAUCUCUGACAAUUCCAUUAUCUAGUGCUUCUACAGAAAGGUCAUUUUCCAAAUUGAAAAUCAUAAAAUCUAGACUUCGCACGACUAUGUCUCAAGCUAGAUUGGAAGACCUUAUGGUCAUAAGUUGUGAACAAGAUAUUGUUGAUGAAAUGGAUCAUGAAGAAAUUCUCCACAAGUUUGCAGCCAAUAGCAUUACAUUAACAAAAUAUUUAAUUUAA